AUGGCUGCAGCAAGAACUUCAUUUUCUAACGAUUCAAGGUUAGUGAAGGUGCCAUUGCCGAAGUCUGUAUUGCUCAAGGAUUAUCUGAUCGAUGAUCUUAGUUCGUGUUCUUCUAAUGGCUUCAGGUCGUAUCCGCGCCGGCCAUGUUGCACCAAGGUUCGUUACCUUAUUGAAAUCGAUCUUAAUAAACAUAUUAAUCUUCGGCCAACGAAAAAAAAGUUUCUCAGAAGCAAAUCAAAAUCCUCGUCGGUGCUGCAAAAAGCUUCCGCCGCUGUGGUUAAUGUUUUCAAACACUUCCAGUUCUCCGGUUCUGGUAAGCGUGCAAAAGCUAAUUUCCUACCGAAGAAUCUGUCUCGGAAGCUAUCGAACUGGAAGAGAACUAUCGAUGGUCGUAACAAAGAGUUCAACAAAAGGUUGAAUCCGUUAGACGAACCUGUCAAAGAGAAGAAUAAGAAGAAAAACGUCCUACGUCCGCCGUCUAAAGUUUCAACCGCUGCCACCACUACUUCGGCGGAGGUGAACACCUCCACAAGUAACAGCAACAACUCCGCCUCGUCGGAUAGCUACUUUACCACCACCUCCGUUUGUUCUACAACAAACAGUUCUUCGAAGAUCAAUGUAGCAAUAAACAACGUCGUGGAAUGUGAGCAGCACACAACGGAAAAGAAGAAUACAGCAAACGGAAUGAAAUCUGGCGUAGCAACCGCCGCCACCGAUUCUGAUGUUAUCACCAGAAAUGCAAAGAAAGAUGAGGAAAGUGAGAAGAAAGAGCAAUGUAGUCCAGUUUCAGUGAUGGAGUUUCCAUGCGAUGAUGAUGAAGAUGAGGUUACUUCACCUUUCCAACAUUCUCACUUAUAUGCGGAAGGAACCAAACGAAAAGUCAUGAGCAAGGUUCAAAGGGUUAAGAGCCUUGUAAAUUAUAAUAAGCUAAAGCCUGUCAGAUUAGAAGAUAGGAUUGCAUUAUCAGAGUCUACAACUACAACGCCUGAUUUGUUGUUACAUGAUGAAUCAUCCAAUCAAACUAGAAAGAAAGCAACUGCAUUGCUUCAACAAUUUAAAGCAACGAUGUCUUCUAGUAAUCAAUUUGAAUCCAUAAUGACUCAAAAUGUCUUGUUAGGGUUCUUUAUAGAGCGAAUUAUGGAAGGAAGUAGUGCCUCUAACUUCGCAUUACUGCAAGAAGCAAAGAAUUGGAUCAAUGGAGAUGGAUAUGCAAGAGAGAUAACAUUCGAGUAUCUUGUAAGAGAGAUGGAUAAAGAAAAAAUCAAAUGGGACAAAUAUGAUGAUGAAGUAGAAAAACGACAAGUGUGUUUGGUGUUGGAAUGCCAAGUUUUCACUUCUCUAGUUGAAGAGAUGUUACUCGAGUUUUAUAUGUAGUUCAUAUAUAUAGGAAAACAAAUAUUAUUGUGACAUGAUUUAAAUUCUCAUUGAUCAUGGUUCAUAUUGAG